GUCUACGUGUUUUUAUUUACAAUUUUACGGAAAUUUUUCCUAAGUCCUCCUUUAAUACAUGCGUUGAGUGUUAUUCUUUCCAUAUUGUUAUAUUUGUUUAAAGAUUUAGCCACUCUAUUCUCAUCGCUUAAAGAUGUCUAGUCCUAAAGAGGAGUGUGUUUUAAAAGCUGGACAUCCCCCAGCCGUUAAAGCCGGAGGAAUGAGAAUCAUCCAGCAUAAAACUAGAAGAGAUUCCGGAGGAAUUGCUGAAGAUACCACUGGAAUUACUGUUUCUGGAAGCCCACCAAAAACAACCACAGUAUCGGGUGCUGUUGUAAAAGGUCACGCUGAUUUCACUCCUGAGGCUGUUCAAAGUUUCCAUAAGGAAAAGCCUCCAGUCUCCCAUUCUAACAAACCCGCUGGACACAUCAUUCAACAGCCCAGGAAGUAAAAUAUCGUAUGCAAAUAAGCUAAGCCAUUUUUUUAAAAAUAUCUUAAUAUUACUUUUCUAAAAAGUACCAUAAUGCAUUUAACAAUUUUAUUUCGUAUACUAUAUGGUUGUUAUAUAUAAUAACUUUGUUGACUCUGUUAUACUCCAAAGGUAAAUCAACAGUUUAAAUAGUUUAUAAGGUGAAUGGGUUAGAAAAUAUACAAUCUUUUUUUAAA